UUAAUUCUCUCCUGACCAGACUCAUAAAAGUUUUCAUUCCGAGUUUUGUCUUCGAAGAAAUACUGUGUUGUUUUUGACGAAAGGUGGCGUACUUUCAAAGAAAUAAACGGAGGAUCAGCUGAUUUCUGUUUACAUUUCGAUCGUGUGUGCUAGCUGUCCAUUGAGCUGCUGCUGAGAGCAUGAGCCAGAGAGCGUGGCGAUCGUGAUUCACAGAUUCGUCAUUCGAUGUGUACACAGCACAUGCGAGUUUUCUUACAUUCUUUCCCUGUGCACUGCCAUAGUUCUCACACAGCGACAGGUUACUCGGGCCUGAAAAUGGAUGGAAUGAAACCACCAUUUAAAGGAUAUCAAGUUGUGAUUUAUUUGCUGGUUGGAAUACUAUUGAAUGCAGAUAAUUGCUCAGGUUACAGGCUACCAGGAGGACAAGAGGAACAACUGGGGACAUUAUUGAACUACGACAUCGUCACACCGUAUCGUUUAGCUGGCAGGGAGCGAAGGCAAGCCCAUACAAUUACUCAGGAUGGUCACAUGAGAGAAACAUCAUUUGUUCUAUCAGCUUUUGGAAAACAAUUUACUCUUGAUGUCAGGCUAAAUGAGGGCUUAUUUCCAGCAAGAUACAUUGAGAUGUCAUAUGCACAUGAUGGUGAAGCUGUCACAAGGAAGCCACACCCACAUCAUCACUGUUACUAUCAUGGAGAAGUAAGAGAAGCUAACGUGUCAUCGGUCGCACUCAGUACUUGUAAUGGAAUCAGUGGAGUGUUCACGGCAGAUGGUGAUAGUUAUUAUAUCGAACCACUACUCGAGGCGGACGAAGAACACCUCGUCUACAGACCGCAGGAUAGGCGUGACAAGAAAACAUGGGUGUACGACAUGGAUUCAUCUCAUGAAGAGCAAUACAAGCAAGAAGCGUCGGAGCCAACCUUCGGGCAUCGAACCCGGAGAGACAUCCAUUCCGAAACCAAAUUUAUCGAGCUAGUCAUUGUUAACGACUAUCAAGAGUUUGUACGCUAUAAUGGGAACAUUACACAUGUAGAAGCCAGGAGCAAAGAAAUUGCUAAUGUUAUGGACAUGAUCUACCGUCCAAUGAACGUGAGGGUAGCGCUAGUGGGCGUGGUCACAUGGAGUCAAACCGAUCAAUUUAUCGUCGAGUCAAACCCCGGAAUCACCAUGGGUGAAUUUCAAAGAUGGAGAAAAGACGAACUACUCAGUCUCAUCAAGAACGACAAUGCUCAAUUUAUAACGGGUGUGUCAUUCGAUGGGAGCACAGUCGGGAUGGCCUCGCUCGGGACAAUGUGUUCAGAUGAAAGAUCGGGCGGAGUCAGUCAGGACCAUGACAAGAAUGCUGCUGUUGUUGCCAGCACGGUCGCCCAUGAGAUGGGUCAUAACCUUGGCUUCAUACACGACACCACCGAUGGGUGCCAGUGUGAUGCCCCGUCUAACGUUGGCUGUGUAAUGGAGCCCUCUAGUGGAUCAGUUCCACCUACCAACUUCUCAUCCUGUUCUUACGAGUACUUGGAGACUUCCCUUGAGAAAGGUCUAGGAGCGUGUCUCUUUGACUAUCCUGAUCAGAUCUUUGAUGGACCUAUCUGUGGCAACGGCUUCCUUGAGGUUGGAGAGGAGUGUGAUUGUGGAACAGUAGAGGAAUGUGACAACGAUUGCUGCAUUGCUGCAACCUGUCGUCUACAUGAGAAUGCAACCUGUGCUAUAGGUGGAUGCUGUGAAGACUGCCAACUCAAGAAAGCUGGUGAAGUCUGCAGAGAUCUUAGUAAUAUGUGCGACCUCCCGGAAUACUGUACCGGUCUCUCUGCUGAGUGUCCAGCUAAUGUAUACAGACAGAACGGUGAGUCUUGUGCCAAUAUGGAGUAUGCCACCUGUUAUGACGGUCAAUGCUUGACCUUUGAUGACCAGUGCAAAAAGAUAUGGGGAGAUGGAGCCAGGGUAGCGCAUGAAGACUGUUUUGAUUUUAACACCCAAGGUAGCUCAUUUGGUAACUGUGGAGGUACUAGUCCAUCAUUCCUGCCUUGUGAAAGAAGUAAUGUAAAGUGCGGCAAGCUAAUGUGCAGUGGAGGGGAAUCCUACCCUGUCCUGAGUUCUCUAGCCAAGGCCAGUCAGGGUUACAUCUGGGAUCAAUACAACAACCAGCAAACCUGCAAGUCAGCAUCCAUCGACCUCGGUCAGGAUGUACCGGAUCCGGGUUAUGUCGCCACGGGAUCGCUUUGCGCACCAGGAUUUGUAUGCAGUGAUUUCAGAUGUCAGAAUUUGUCAUCGUUGAAUAUCAGGGCGUGUCCACAGGGCUGUAAUGGUCAUGGGGUAUGCAACAGCAAGAACCACUGUCAUUGUGACCCUCAGUGGAAUCCACCUCUCUGUAACACACCUGGCUAUGGGGGCAGUAUUGAUAGCGGACCUGCCAGAGCCACUGACCAACCAGUAACUUUAUAUCCUAAUACACUCUCGCAAAGCACCAAAUCUCUCAUCACAAGAAAAAUUAUUGUCCGAGGUGGUCCUAGCUCCAACAUGGUGAUCGUACUCCUGGUGAUGUUCCUGUGCGUUCUACCGGGGCUGGCACUGAUAGGGAUCCUCGUCUACUGCAAGAGACAAACUCUUUCCAAAAUGCUGUCCAAGGGAACUACUAAACAAAGCUAUUCAUCAAGCAACUAUCGCAGUCAAGACAAACCUGCACCAGGCCCUUCGCGCCCUGCACCUGGCCCUACGCGCCCUGCACCUGGCGUUACACGCCCUGCACCUGUGAAACCUACGAUACACCACACACAUCUACAGGACUCAUCCAAUGUCUUUAAAUUCCCUCCUUCAAGUGCUUCUUCCACUGCUAUCACACCUGCACGACCAGCACCGGUACCGGCAAGAACUCAUGAGACACCUAUAGUCCACCGGCCUGCACCGACGGUAGCGCCAGCUAAAAAACCAACAGCAAGUAUAGCACCGUUGAAAGCAGAGCCCGCACCAAAACCAGCAAAGCCUCCUGUUCCGUUAAAUAAGCCUCCUAGCCCAGCUAAGAGUGCUCCUCAGGUAUCGGCGCCAGCUCCAAAAGCCAUCCGAGUACCACCCAAACCUCCCUCUGUACCAUCUAGUGCCAAACCACAAUUCAGGUUACCACCUCCUAUAGAAUCUAACACCGACAAACCUACUGCACCGCCAGGACUACCCACAAAACCUGCCCUCAAGCCAACGGUGCCAAAGGUACCCCUAAGACCGACCCCUGUUACGAGGCCCAAACCAAACGUGAAUCGAAACAAUUCCACAGAACUUGACGAAAGCUCAAACUUUUCACCAACGAGUAAAGUCUCAGAACCCCCCGCAAGAGAGAAGUCGGUGCCAGUGCCAGAUAAACCUCUUGUAGCUCUUAAACCAGUACCACCCAAAAAGCCAGCUGUACCAAACAAACCAAGUGUACCAUCCAGGCCACCUGCUCUUAAACCACCUGUCAAGAGGGACCCUGUUGUAUGACGAUAGCAUCUCAACGAUGUAGGCUUUUAUUAAUUAAUGAACACUUUAUCAUCAUCGGUACUUUAGGUCUUUUCUAUGAUUCCAGUGUAUUUAAGACGAAUAUUGUAUGUUUUUCUCGGUUGUAAGAUAUUACUGCCUGUGUUGCACAGAAUGUCAGUUCCAUUAUGGCAGAAAUCUUUACAAACCUUUAGAGUAGUGAUGGAAAAUAAAUACAAAUUUUUGUGUGUGCAAUAGAUAUUUGUCACCAAAUGAUAGAUAGCAAUGUUCAACAUCAUUAACAAAAUAUUGACAUUUACCUGCUUGGUUAUAUUCCAUACCAAGUAUAAGCCUUUGAUUUCCGCCAUAAUGGAGUUGUCAAGAUGACUCUGCUCUUUCAUGUAUGUGUAUUUAUAAAAAAAUAAUGUUUUUCUGGUUAGUAAACCUCUGUAAGGUGACAAUUUGUAAUGUUUCAAGCAUCUGCCCAAUGUUUCAUGCUAGUGAGUUAUCAAACCUUGUCUGAUAUUUUUGAAAAUGUAUUGUUAUAUUUAAUUUAUAUUCAUUACUGUGUUAAUAAUUGUGAUGAUAAAUGAAACAGCUUGGUAAAUUACCUGGUACAAAGUAGUCAUUGAGUAGUCAAAAAGAAGAUUGCCUAAUAUCCCUUUUUCUCUUUAACUUCAUAUUCUGGUUGGUUUAAAAUCAUGUGAGACUUUCCAAGGGACUUCACUAAACAUCCCCAAGAGGAAGAAAUACAGAAUUAAGUUAUCUGUUGAUUUAAUUAAGUAAAUUGUACAUUUCUCCCGUAUUUGGUAUAUUACAGGGUAUUUCUGUGAAGCUCACAUCUCAACUUUUCCACCACUCGUAUCUUUUUGUCCAAAUUAAGAUUAAAUAUUCUAUGGCUAAUUUCUGCAUGUGAAUAAAAAAAUGAUUAGGAAACUGAAUACAUGAAUAUGUCAAUGUGGUACAUGCGCAGCAAAAUCUGUGAAAUGAACAAGGGAUGUAAAUAUAGUUGUAUUUAAUUUAACUUAAAUAGAAAAAUGCUGUGAUGUGAUUAAUUUUUUUUAAUGAUUUGAAAACACAGUAACAUUAUUAAGCCUAAUGCUCAUCAUCUUUAUAACACCUGGCAGCCAUUUCAUAAAGCUGUUUGUAAGUUUACAAAUGAUUCUUUACACAGGACUGAUGACCAUUUCUUGUUAUUAAUGAUUCAUCUCUAUAUAGCUGACUUAACACUUAAGAACAUGUUCCAGUUGACUGAAGUUGUGCGUAAUUUUACGAGCAGCUUUAUGAAACUCCACCCAGGUUGUAUCAUGCUGAAGCAUGUUAUCUAUCUAAGGGACUCUUACAUAAAGAGAUACAAUUAAUAUUUAUAUUUGAUUGUAACUAUUUGUGCAGGAUUUGACAUUGACAAACAAUCAUGCUCUAUUGAACAAUUGAUUGCAUCUUUUGAUAUCACAAGGCAUAGCUGGUAUUUGUGUGUGAGUAGGGAAUAACGGUAAUAUCUCGUGCUGAAACAGGUAACUGCCGGGAAACAAUGUAAGACAGAUUGAGGCUUUUAAGUUAAAUAGAACUGGAAAUACUGCCCUAAAAUGCAUAGAAUGAAUAAAUUCUACAUUUAUUAUCGGGUCCAAUAUAAACUCUACUAUUAAAAUUGCAGCAAAUUUUGGA